AUGAGGCACAUGUUUGCACAGAAUGGCACCAACCAGUUUGCACAUGACAUCACAAUCCAUGCAGGCUGGCAGGAACCCAACAACUGCAAGGACCUGGCGCCCCUGUACAUCACAGUGGACAAGCAGAGGAAGGCCCUACAGCUCAACAAUGGCAUCAUGGCAAUGAAGCCUACCCCCAACUGA